GUUGGUGAGAGCGAGAGAGUGAGAGAGAUAGAGCUGCUGCAGCGCCGUGUUGUUGUUGUCGCUGGCUGCCGUCGUCGGAGGCUCUUGUUAUUGUUGUCGGCGGUGCUUCGGUCGCAUACACACCUCGUCGACGUGGAAGAGAAAGACUAGACUACUGGUGUCGAGGAGGCGGUGCAGUGCAGCGUGUAUACGGGACUCUGUGCUAUAACAGUGAGAGGCUCUCGCGAGCUAUAUACAGUAUAGUGGUACGAGACUCGCGAAUUUUCUCGCGUGCAGUGCACAUAACAGAGAGGCGAGAGAGAGAGAGAGAGAGAGAGCGGCGUAUAGACCUCGUGACUGCAGUCGUCGGUUUUUUGCACUCGGUUGCCGGCUCGUCGGGAGGUGUUCGCGUGUGUAGGUAUACGUUACCGGGAAGAUUGAGGAAAUUGAAAAAUUAGUGCGGUUCUCGCGAUCUUUCGCCGGGCUUGUGAUUAGAACGAGUGAAACGUUGGAUUUUUAGGCAGUGAAGUGUUUGUUAAGUUUUUAUCAAAAGUAAGCCUUCAAAGGCUGCUUCCAAUUAAAACAUCCAGGCCAGAGUCCGAACGGAAUAGAGAGCGAGUAAAAAUCCUUUUAUCCGGAUAAAAGCAGUAGCAUAUCAGAUUUAAUAAAAACAGUAAAAACAUACCUAUCAAGCGGAGAAGCGGGUUAUACAAAACGAAAAACUUCGCCUCUCUCAUUCCCAGCGAUAGAGCCGUUGCUUUUUCCUAUCCACUUCGCUGCGUUCAUCUCACCGGAAAACUACACAACACAAUACGCCUAAAAGCCACAGCGCAGCGGCGGCGAAGUCUCGGAAACCGGACCGAAAUUUUCAAGAAACGCGGAGGCGUGACGCCGAAGUUUCGCUCCGGCGAACUGCUAUUUUCCCUCGUAAACUUCACGCCGGAUAAACGGAUCGUAAGUACACCCGUACGAUACACACGAAGAGCAUCAUCGUCAGCAGCGUCAUCCUCGUCUCAUCCACACAUCGAACAAACGGACGUAAAGAGCAGAUUCGAAUUUCACCCGCAAUAUUACCGCCAUCGUCCAGUAUAGUGCUUGUGUUGUACAUAUUAAUAAUAAUAUUAAGUAGUUGUCUCCGUCGUUGAGUAACAGUAGGAGUAUACGUUAUUAUACAAGUGUCUGGUGUUGGUUCCGCUCGCGCUUCCGAGACACAGCGAAAGAACGAGAAAAAGAGAAAAAAAAAGAAGGAGAACGUACGAGAGAGAGAGAGAAUAUUCAGUGUGUGACCGCGAGUGUGCAUUCGCAGGAAGAGCCGGCGGUGGGAACAGCGGGGGAACACGCCAAACUGGGGAAAUAUGAGCAUUGCUGCCCUCCUGCAGGCCGCUGAGUAUAUCGAACGAAGGGACAGAGAAGCCGAACAUGGAUACGCUUCAACAAUGCCGAUACCGGACGACAUCCGAACGGUCACCAAGAGGCCAAAGACGAAAAAAUCCCAAGGAAGCAGGACGACGCAUAACGAGCUGGAAAAAAAUAGGAGAGCCCAUCUCAGGAACUGCCUCGAGAAGCUGAAAGUGCUGGUGCCCUUAGGUCCAGAAACGUCGAGGCACACCACGCUCGGCCUCCUGACCAAGGCCAAGCGUUUUAUUAAGAGUCUGGAGGAGCGAGACAGGAAGCACGCGGUGCACAAGGAACAGCUGUCUCGGGAGCAGAGGUUCCUGAGGCGCAGGCUCGAACAGCUGACGGGUCAGCCAGGUUUACACGGGCUACACGGGCUGAGCUCGUCGGCUCCGGCGGCGUCGUCCUGUGGCGCGGCUGCGGCAGCCGCGGCGGCCAUGCUCUCCAAGAGGCGAAGCGUCUCCGAGUGCUCGGUGGGCACUGCAUCGUCCACCAGCUCCACAGGCAGCUCCAGGAACUCCGACAGGUCUGCGGGCAGUCCAUCCGUCUCGGAGUCCGAUGAGGUCGAUGUGAUUGGAUACACGAGCAACCAGUCGGACACCGAUGACCAUAGCAGCGUGCAAAGCAGCAGCGACAGCGGCGUUGCGAUGUCCACCUCCAGGCUGACCCUUUCCGAGAUGAUGGACAAUCUUUAGACAAGAAGACGGCGCGGGGGUGGCGGCAAGCGCGGCGAGAACAGCACCUUGAAGCGUGGCCGAGUAAGAAAACGGACGAGGACAGCCAUCAGAGCGACUACGAGGACCACGACGACUACGGACCUGGACGACGACGAGGACUACGUCAUCAAGUAGCAACAGCAGCAGAGGCAGCGUAAUCUCGGCGCCUAACACACAGUAUGACAACCUAGAAGAUACGAGGAAGAUUUCCAUACGGUAGCGAAGAUUCGUUUCGACGUACGAAGAUAUGAGACACAACCACACAGGCGUCCAUGUCGUGGAGAGCAGGAUUGACUUUAUAUACAUACAUUGGCCACCCUUGCGAAGAGACGAGCUAUUGAGGGAAAGAAGAAAACCAGUCCUUUUUUAAAAGCGCACGCGCGAGAGAAAGAGGGAAGAUCUCACUAUUCUUCUUCUUCUUCUGAUGACGACGACGACGAUGAUGAUCGUUGUCACACACACUUCGAUGUUUUGAGAGUGAGAGAGAGGGAGAGAAAGGAUGGGGUUGAAGUUUCGACGUUGUAUUAACGUAUGUGUACAGUCGGGCGCGAAAGUGAGAGAGAGAAAGGAUCGAGCGUUUGGGAGAGAAUCACGCGGAGCAUUGCAUGUUAUCUCUAUCGUACGUGUAAAAAAUAAAAGCAAAUUAUGAGGGACGAGUGGUCUAUUUGUACAUAUUUUGAGAGUUGGAUGAGGGAGCUUUGAUACAUUGCGAACAUCGAACAAGCGUUCUUGCUGAGAAUUUUACGCGAGAGUGGAUCGUUGCACAUACCUUUGAAUUGUACAUUUCGGAGAUACCUUGAAAAAAAUUGUCUGUGUAUAAUUUAUAUCAGAUUAGUCGGAGAGUAAAGAACACCCUCGACGGUCCAUUCUCGUCGUUUCGGCAAAGCGCAGAGUUGAAUGUCAGCGAUUGCGCUAACGGUUUCGUCUCGCACGUUUUACGUUUAAUUUCGAAGCCACGAUGAGGAAAAUAAGAACGAUGAAUUCAAAAUUCUGCGUGAAACGUGGGAAGACCAUUUUUUCGAGUUAAGAUUCGUUUUGCGAUAAGAAAAAUUGUUACGGCGCCACGCUUGUACUGGAUAAACGGUUUGUAAAAAACGGGAGAGAGAGUGCGCGUGUGAGUGUGAUGUUGACGAAAAAAAAAAAAAAUAAAAUUUCUUAAGAGGAACUAGAAAAAAGGGAAGAAAAAAAUGUUUUCAUGCAUACGAAGUGACAAAGCGGUGUUGAUUUGUCGUUAAACGCGCGAUUAUCAGUUUAUCGCGGAAUGCCAGUUGUUUUGUUGGUGUUAUUCCACAUACAUAUAUACUUGCGGAGAACAGACAGCCAACGUCGUUUAAUGUACGUAAGGAAAUACAUAGAUGUUUUAUUGCUCGAAAGCACGAUUGCCCAAUGAUGAAAAUAUUAUAAAUAUUCGGCAAGCUAGACUUUUUCAUUGGAUUUCAAUUUCAAGCAUUGAAAAUUUGAGUUUCGGGAAAAUUGUCCAUACAGUGAUUCGGUCAAUCGUACUUUCGAAAGUAACAGACAUUUGGAAAAUCAGAGUAGGAAAUCGACCGCAGCAGCGCUCUGAUUUCUCGCUCUGACUUUUAUUUACUGUGCAAUACCUGCACGACAAACAAACAAACAAACAAAAAAUCGCGCAUUAUUAAUAUUAUUAUAAUUAAUUAAUUAUAAUUAAUUAAGGUAAUACUGAAGUAACUCGUAUGUUUAAUAACGAAGAAACGUCGUAGCGCGUUUCGUCGUCGUGAAAGUGGCGAGAUAAAUAAAAAAAAAGAAGCGCAUUCGAGAUAAAAAGUACAAAUUCUGUAAGACCCUUGUGUAAAACAUAUGCGUCAUCACCUGUUUUAGCGACCGACUUUUAGCUCGGCCUUUAUAGAUGCUCCGGUGUAUCGACAGAAAAUCGAGUGCGAGGAGGGAGAGAUAGAGCGAACGAGAGAAAGAGCGACGGAAAAAUGUGUCUGAGUGAGGUUAGAGGAAUGCUAGAGACGAGCGAGAAAAUUCAACUCGAGAUUGACUGGCAAAAAAGUAAUUCUUUUUCUAGAAAUCUCUUCGAGGCGGAAGUAUAUCAUUUUAUUUAUGUAUCGGCUAAAUUAUUUCUAAAUUUUAAUGAAACUCGUGUGUUAUUAUUUUAGUGAUUUAUUUAUUCGGAAACAAAAAUUUGUCUGUAUCUCUCGACAAAAAAGUGAGAUUUAAAUUUUAAGCGUCCAACGGUGGAGAGUUUUAUUUCCUUCAUAAGGUUGCCAACGUAGAUUUCGGCCUCGAAGCUGCAGAGGUGUAAGAGGGAGAGCAGAAGGGAAGGAGGGUAGAGAGAGAAUUUUAUUUCUCCGCGAACUGGAAGGUCGGAAGAAAAUGAUUUAAAAAAAUGAUAUAUGCAGGUUACGGAGUCGAAGCUUGCGAUGUAGAUUUUUAAGAUUAGAUAGACUGACACAAAAAAAAAUAAAAAAAUAAAAACGUAACGAGUGAUCUCUGAAACCGAUAUGUGUAAAAAGUCGCGGUGUCGAGGGAAAAAAUGAGAGGGAGAGAAAGAGAAAACAUUGAUACAAUGAGGAUCUUAGUGUAACGUCGCACCGACUAAGGAUUUUUAACGAUUUCAAAAAAGCUUGUACACACACUAAACAAACGCGAGGUUCCGAAAAAAGAAAUUUCGAAAAUUUUUGCGCAUCGUUCGCAUGUCUGUCGAGGCACUUUCGAUUCUGGGAGGAAGUCUUUUGACGCUUCUGUGCGACCUCGACUGCAAUAUAUAUUUACACGCAUACACGAGAUAAAUCAAUUGUCAAAACCGUCGAUUAAUUUUAGUUUUUUCUUGUAUUAAUUGUACGAUCACAGUCAUUAUGAUAUUAUAUUUAAAAAAUGUAUUUUUUAUUUUUAUUAUUAUUUUCGUUCUGGGCCAACUAAUCGCUACGCUUUUUACCUUUUAAUCACUACUUUGCGUCUUUCGUUUUCGAGUAAGAACACAAACAGCGCCAUACACACACACACACACACACACACAAAGAACGCACCGCGCGCUCGCACUUUUUAAUAAACGGAGAGCUCUCUACGCAGAUCGAGAGAAGAUGGGAAGAACUUUGCGGCGCAUUGUUGUAUCAAGAAUGUUCCGUCUCGCCGAUUGAAAAUAAAAAAGAAAGAGAAACGGCGGAGAUAUAAAGAGCCUCGGAAAUAAUCAUAUUAAUUGUUGUAUAAACUUGCGCGGUCGAUAUAUGUGUACAAAGCAAUCAGACGGAAAUACUCACGGAAAACAUUUCUCUUCGUUCUUACUCGUCUUUUUUUAAGGUUUAUUUUUCAUUUUAACGACGGAUGAAUUCUUCGAGGAUUUGUCAGUGCUGAACAUCACUUAUUGCUCUUUACGUACCUCUUUUAAGUAUUUUUAUCGAAAUAUAUUUAUAGUCUUGCGUGUAUAUUUUUGAAACUUUUAUUUAAGUUGCGGGGGUUUGCGACGAAAUUGUUUUACGAUUAAUCCAACAUAACUGCGUUCAGCACUGUAUCUCAAACAUCAUAAGAAAAUUUCAAUAAACUUUUUUCUCGCGAAAAAGAAUACACUACGGAUUUUGUACAAAAAAUUCCUCGAGACGAGCUCUCGCCAUGAAACAGAAAUACACAGAAUCGAGAAUGCCUCUGGCUAAUCUUCCUUGCAGUGAUCGAAUCAAAACUAUUUUUCACCGGUCUUCAAGAGGAAGCAGACGAAAUCUAAGCACUAAACACGUCAAAUCAAGCUUGAACUCGAAAGCUCCGACUUUUUCAAAAGUACACACGGGCUAUUUCUUGCCUUUCGACGUCCACGCGAUAUUGUGCAAAGGACGACUGUAUGUUACGUCGUCUUUUUGCGGCUCGCUUUUCCAGUGGCAUUCGAGCUUUCCGGGCCGAGAGACGGUCGGAUUUUCGCUCGUCCGUUUCUGUGCGUGUGUGCGCGGAGGGUUGAGUUACGUCUUGCGACGUUUUAAUUUUCGUAUACCGAAACCAGCUUUUAGUUUGUUUGAAAUUUCGCGCGCAAUCGCGCACUCUUGUAAAUAAAGUCAAAAAUUAUAAAGUGAAUUCUAAAUUAUUAUGUACUUACGUCUCGGCUUGUUUGUACGCGGAGAGUUUCGUUUUAUAAGCGUGUAAAAGUGUCUGCUUUCUCGCGACCAUGCAAUAUCCGAGAUUGAAAUUUUCGCCUGCAAAUCAUUUUGCUCAAACGCAAUAGUGGAAGACGAAAACGGGCGCAGCAACAACACACGAACACACGAACACACACACACACACACAUAUGUAUAGCAAUACUCACACUCGAGCAGAUAUAUAAAAAGAAAUCUCUCUUUCGCAGCUGUUUUUCACCGAGAAAUUUUUAUAGCAUAAAAAUGAAUUUACAUCCUAUUUGAGAGCAGGUUACAAGCGUUGAUAAUAUAACUUUAAAGAAAAAAAAACAAAAAUGAUGCUACGCAGAAACACACAUCAAAAGAACGUAUGUACACAAACGAAAUAAUAGCGCUGGAGUUGCCAGCGCCGCUGAAGUACGAGGACUCGGCCAAACAUAUAUAAAUUAAGCGCGGCGCAAACAAAGUUCGAUAUCCUAUCGAGACACUGUGGGGAGGACGAGGCGGACAGACGUUGAGGACAGUUUUUUACGACGCGUUCGUCAUUCGAGUGAUAAUCUUCUUUCUUAUUUUUCUAACGUCCCGUUCGGGCCCUUUUUUACGCUGGUCCGCGGCUGCAGGAGCAAAAUGACAAACUCUGAAACAUAAGUAUAUAAAUUAAAAAAAAAAUUAACGAUAGGGUUAUAUAGAAAUGGAACAAAGAAACGUCGAACAGGUGGAAUUCUUAAAACUAAUAAUAGAGAUACAAGUCCUCGAAUUUGGCGGCGCGCAACGAUCUUGAGAAUCUUUGAUAAAACACACUUGGUUACAUGAUGUAUCAGGAGAAACUUAAAAAAAAAAUGAAAAUAUGUAAUAACGCAGUCGUAAAACAUAAACAUACAAACUAUCGAGUAAAAAUGGGUGUUAUUUUUAGAUGUCUAUUAGAUUACUGGAAUCGGAAAAAACCAAGCUUAAUAAAUCGUGUAAUAAGCAGAGAUACAUGGAAAAGAGUCGGGAGAAAUCGCGAUAAAUACCUGUUGCCACUACCGUAAGUAAAUCGUAACAAAGGAUCAAACGUCUCAAAAUAGUAAAAAAAAAAAUUAAUAAAAAUAUAGUAUAUAAUAGUAACGAUGGAUAAAUGCGAGGUCUUCUCCGAACGUAAAAUAAAAAGUAAGGGAUACAAAAAACACAUACACUUUGCAGUCUUUUUCUACUCGGCUUUUAUCAGCGCACGCAAACGUACGAGAAAUAAUAAGUAAACGGACUUUCCGCUGCACCAGAAGAUAUAUCAUAGAUCCUUGACAAACGCGCGAGAAAAGUAUAAGAAUGGCAGACACACAGAAAAAACGGAAAUCAUAUUACCAAAAAAAAAAAGCGAAAAAAGAACAGACGUACGAGAGGGUGUUCAUAAAACUUUACGGAGAGAUAAAAGGAGACGAAAGAGAACGAAGAAAAAAAAGUGCGUAAAGAAGCGACUAGCGCUCCUGUAAUAAGAAGUAUAAAAAAAAUAAGUAACAAAUAAAAAAAGGUCACAUAAACACGUCUCGGGCUCGGCGAGGAUGUCGCGCGCCCCCCUAAUCGCCGUCUACGAACAAUUUUUCCUCAAGACAUUUUGCUGCUUUCAUUGUUUAGAUGAGUAUCUAUAAAAGAAAAAAAAAUAUGCAAAAAAAUAUUGAACUACAAAUCGACGGGUGGUAUGCGAGUGUAGAAGCGAGAUAUAGCGACAGUGGUGAGUGUGUAAAUGUGAGGCGUGAAAAGCGAUGAGUUUUGUUCUCGAGGAUCUCUCUCGACGACGCGAUACGUCGAUAUAUGAUAAUAUAUUGUGUUUGAGAGUCUGUUUUAUAGGAGCCUUUGAAUUUUUCAAAAUUGACUGAAAUACGAAUUAUUAUGCUGUAAUCGUGCGUGUAAUUAUAGGUUUUAAGACGUUGAAGGGCUGGGAGGGGGGCUGGGCUGUUUAUUAUAUAGGUGAAUCGCGUCGACGAGAUAUAAAAGUGUUUUGUUGCUGAAAAAAUCUUUCUGUAUUACUGCGUAUGUAAAUGUUUUUAGUCGUGUGAGCGUAACAGAACAGUUUUGUAGUCGUUGCCGAGCAGUGCGCUUCGUUUUCAUAAUUUCCCGCGCGCUUCGAUUUUUCUCAUCUAUAAACGUUGAAAUUCGACUAGUCUCGACGUGAGUUUUGUCCGAUUUGUGUAAAUGAUUAUUAUCGCUCGAGACUAGUUCGAUUUUUCACGUAGAUACACCACGGAGAAUCGACGCGCGACGAUGUGUCGACAAUAUGUUAUGGAAAAUUCGAUUUGAUUUUCGCGUCAAAAUUGCAGAGGCACUGAGUUGCGUUGCGAAUAGUAUUAAUAAAUUUUCGAAAAGUAUUUUGAAAUAGAGACGUGAAAUUUGCUAGCGUGUGUAUAAUUUAAAGAGAAAAAAAAAGAAAAUGAAUAAGAGUAACGAUUGGCUUUGUAAAUAUACAUAAGGUAAUAUAUAAAUAUGUCAAAAGCCUUAAUCAGGUGCUGAAUAUUAUUCGCGUUAAACUGCAAAAUUCGUCGGAGCCGUUCUCUUCUCUCCGACAAACUCGAGCAAUUAAUACAAUAACCACAAACAUAUACGUAAAAGACACGAAACAUCAAGUAAUGGGGGGGACGAUCAACUUCGGAGAAAAAGUGCGGUCCUUCUCUCCGUCGUUUCGUCGCCUCGAAAAUUCACGUACAUUAUAUAGAGGAGAUGUAGAGGAGAGAAGAGUCGGCCGAGACAUCGAGAGAUUUCAUCGAGAAGCGAGUGGUUGGAAGAGAGAGAGAGAGAGAGAGAGAGAGAGAGAGAGAGAGAGAGAGAGAGUAGAGUGUAUGUAUGCGAACGUGUGUGAAGAACCGCGAGAGGCUCCGGCACUAAGAGCAUUUAAUCAAUGGUAGAAGAAUGCUUAGUGGAUAUUAAAGAAAAAAAAUAAUACAAAAAUGGCAUAAAAAAAUAAAAGAAAUUACAAAAAAAAUAUACCAGUUUCACGUUUGUAAACGGAUAACAAGUUGUAACUACGAUUUAAGGAGAAAAAAAAAGAAAAAAUGAAUAUAAUGUUAUAUUAUGUAAUAUUACUGCGUGAACGAGCGUUAUGGGAGCGUAUACGUGUGUGCGAGUGUCGGGCGGUGUAAAAGAGUAGAAUAAAGCCGAGAUAUGUUACAAAAAAAAGAAAGAGGAGAAGUUAGAACAAUAAACGAGAAAAAGGGUUAAGGACGAGAGUAAGAGAGAGAUGGUUUACGCCCUUGCGAGAAAUCAAUUAAUUAGCGAGUCGAAUGUGGGGAUGAGUGAGACAGGGAGACACACACACAUAUAUGAUACGUGCGUUCUUGGGACGGUUCAGUUUUUCUUUUCGAUUGUUCAAUAUGAUUGUGCAUCACGGGAAAAGACAGGAAAGAUACAAAAAAAUGUACUAUUAUUAUUACGAUUUUCAUUAAUCGCUACGAUUAUUAUGGUUAUUAUUAAUUAUCCUUAUUAAUUAUAUCGUUAACAAAGAUAAAGAAGCAACAGCGACAAAAAAAAAAGUGGGAGAAACAUAACUUUGCGAAUGCGAGACUUGUAGAUGAUUGAGAGAUAAGCGAGUGGACGUAUAGGUGUGAGAAAGUAUAAUAAGAGCGUAAAACACAGACACAAAACAGGUACACAUACACACACACACAUGGGAGAUGCGAGAGAAAAUGGUGAAACAAAAAUUAUGAAUUAAUAUAAGAGGGAAGAAACAGCUAUGAAAUAAAAAAAAAACUUAUUAUUGUACAUACGUUAUGUAAUUACAUGUGUACUCGUAUGACUGUCGCGAAUAUGACGAAGAGCAACUCUGUUCAUCGAACAUAAUUAAUGACAAUGGCGAUGACGACGAUAAUGAUGAUGAUGAUGAUGAUGAUUUUCUCUGCUUAUGCGGAUUCAAAUAAAAUUUGUGUAUUAUUAAGCAAA